AUGGCACGCAUAACUAUUCUCGGGGCUGGAAUAAUUGGAUUAGCCACAGCCACCCUGCUAUCGCGGAACCAUCAAGUCACAGUGGUCGCAAGAGAUCUACCCGGAGACGAUCCAAGUAUAGAAUGGGCCAGUCCCUGGGCCGAGGCCUUGAUUGUCCUUGGAGGUGUCUCUUCAAGCCGCGACCGGAAAAUGCAAUUGCGGUCUUUUUCUGAACUUUGGAAAUUGAGUUUUCAGUAUCCUGGGCCCGAGUCCGGCAUCAGACGGAUUGUUCUCGAGGAUAUUUUUGAUGAUGACCGUACUGAAAGCGAUAUCUGGUGGCAAAAGUUUAUGCCAGAGUUUCAGUUUCUUUCUUCUGACAAACUACCUACUGGUGCGACCAUCGGAGUGACAUAUAAAACCGUUGUGGUGAACCCAAAUGUGUUCCUCCCUUGGUUGAAGGAGAAACUCGAAAAUUCGGGCGUUUCAUUCAAAACAAUGAAUGUUAAAUCUUUAUCGGAUAUUCAGCACAUGGGUCACGACAUUCUCAUCAAUGCCACGGGAGUCGGGUCCGCCUCAUUGCUAGAUGUUCAGGAUAAAGAUAUCCAAAUGAUCCGGGGACAAACUAUAGUCAUCAAACAUAACUAUGACAAGGCCAUGCAGCGAGAUGAUGGGGUAAACUACACAUAUGCGAUACCUCGAAUGGAUGGCACGGUUAUUCUCGGCGGAGUCUCUAUCAGCGAUGCGAAGUUUGAUUGGGAUGUUUCUCAAGAUAUUGUGAACAGAGUGCACAACAAUAUUCCUGGGGUGUUUUCCAAUAACCUGAACGAUUAUGAAAUUCUUGGACACAAUGUCGGCGUUCGCCCCGCUAGAAGCUCAGGCAUUCGAUUGGAAAGGGAAGAAAAAGAUGGACAAGAGAUCGUGCAUGCUUACGGAUUCGGUGCUGGUGGAUACAUUCACUCUUUCGGGGCUGCACAUGCUGUGCUCGAGAUUGUUGAAGAUAUCCUUCUGCCCCCGCGGCCUUCCAAAAUGUAG